UGUAGUUCUGCCUUCGGACGGAGGCCGGGACGGGUCUGCGGCGGGAUGUGGCACGGAAUAUUGGUGCGAGGGACCCUUUUAGCGUCAGGCAGGUGCCUCGCGUUGGGGCCUCGCCUCGCCGCUCGCAUCCGCACACAGUGGACGCCGGAGACUGGCCUGGCCCUGCAGCGGAGCUUGCACGUGACGGCGGCCCGGGCUAUCCCGCUCAUUCCCAUCGUGGUGGAGCAGACGGGUCGCGGCGAGCGCGCCUAUGACAUCUACUCGCGGCUGCUGCGGGAGCGUAUCGUGUGUGUCAUGGGCCCGAUCGAUGACAGCGUGGCCAGCCUGGUUAUCGCUCAGCUGCUGUUCCUGCAGUCCGAGAGCAACAAGAAGCCCAUCCACAUGUACAUCAACAGCCCUGGCGGCAUGGUGACCUCGGGCCUGGCCAUUUACGACACGAUGCAGUACAUCCUGAACCCCAUCUGCACGUGGUGCGUGGGCCAGGCCGCCAGCAUGGGCUCCCUGCUUCUCGCUGCGGGCACCCCAGGCAUGCGCCACUCACUGCCCAACUCACGCAUCAUGAUCCACCAGCCCUCUGGGGGCGCCCGGGGCCAAGCCACAGACAUCGCCAUUCAGGCAGAGGAGAUCAUGAAACUCAAAAAGCAGCUCUACAGCAUCUAUGCCAAACACACCAAACAAAGCUUGCAGGUGAUUGAGUCAGCCAUGGAGAGAGACCGCUACAUGAGCCCCAUGGAAGCCCAGGAGUUUGGCAUCUUAGAUAAGGUCCUGGUGCACCCACCUCAGGACGGUGAGGAUGAGCCUGAACUAGUGCAGAAGGAGCCCGUGGCAGCAGCGACAGCAGCAGAACCUGCCCCAGCGAGCACCUGAGUGGACCUCACCCUCCAGAGAAAAGUUGAGGGGCCAGAAACUGUGGCUGCUGCCCUGCUGGACCCUUGCUGCUGGGCCUGGAGGAGCCCCCUGAGGACCUUUGAACUUGGGGAUGCCCCUAAUGGUGGGUAUCCUGGCUGAGACACUGUGAUUUUAAAUUAAAUCUUUGUAGUUUUUGCUGCC